UCCUGGCAAGGCUUCAGCUGAGCAGUGACCCUGCACUGCAGGGAGAGAUGGAGACUCUCAGCCGGUCCCACCAGGCACCCAGCAUGGUCACCACGAGGCUGUUGGGAAGUUUGGAGUUCUGGCUGGCCAACACCUUUCUGCCCCUGCUGCUCUUCACCUGGCUGUCAGUUGGAGCAGUCAAUCUGCAGACAGAGCCAGUCAACACUGUGCCGUCCAAGAUUUGUUUGGAGAAUCUCACAGUGCAGGUGAAGUGCUACAAUCCUGAAUGCCUGGAGGGGGAGAUUCGAACCAACACUGUGGUUCUGGUAGAAAACUCUAUGAAUUUCAGCAUCUCAAAGCUUUGUACUGCCUGCACAGAAAUCCCUGUGUGUAGGGUCUCCAUCACAAGACCAAACUCGACAGACACUGGAAACAGUACACAAAGAGCAGUUGUCGGAGAAAACUGUAUGAAUUUCAGCAUCUCAAGCCUGUGUACAGCCUGCACAGAAAUCUCUGUGUGUAGAGUUUCCAUCACAACACCAAAUUUGACAGACACUGGAAACAGCACACAAGCAGCAGUUCUCAACUUCCUGUGCAUCCUCCUUGGCUUAGCGGUCGGGACACUCCUUCACAUGCCGGUGAUUGGCUUCCUGCUGUGGCAGCGCAGAAGGAACACAACAGGAGACCUUCUGAGUGAGGAAGUGGCAGAGGAGAAUCAGACCAGUACGGCAGCUCCGGUGACAGAGACUGAGGACUUGACCUAUGCCAACCUGAAUUUUGAAAAGGGGAAGGGGACAGGACCUGCCUCCUCCAAUGUCAUUUACACUGAGAUCAAGUCAUUGCAACAGAAGCAGAGUGGUGGGGAUGGCAGUGCUGCUAACACAGAUGUAGAUGUCUACCCCAAGGAAGAGGGCAAGUGAGGGAGAUAAGGAACUUGUCCACCUCUUGGGGUUGCCCUCCUCAAAAACUAGGUGUUAGCUCAUAUAGCAGUGCAGUCUUGGUGACCAAAGACCCC